UUUUGAUUUUCAUCUCCUUGACUCAGAUUGAUUCAGAUUCAUCAAGGGGUCCGCCGGUUCGUCAGAUUUGCGAUCGUCUUCUUCAAUCUUUUGGCAAAUCGACUCCAAAAUGGUUUGCUUGGCGUGUCUAUUGCCUCUGUUUCUCAUUCCAGUCGUCAACGCCCUGCCGGUUCUGUUCUACUUAAUUAUGGGAAAAAUUUAUGGACUUUUUGGCUGGGAGUAUAGAAAACCGGAAAGGGUACCACCGGCUUGUCCCUAUCGCCCUGCUGCAAAACAAAAUGGAAAUGUGGAGUUAGAACCUCAAGCUGGUCAGCAACACCCACUUCCGAAAGCAGUGGAUGCCGUGGAUACGAAGGAAGACUGAAUCUGGAAUUUCCUGUUGUACAUACCUGUCAACUGUCAUCAAGACCGACAGAUGUGUGUGGCUCUGAAAUCAGUGGGCGCUGUCGAUUUUAAGAAGCUAUGAUUCCCAAUCGGUCAGGAAAGAAACAUUAAAACUCUCGUCACUAAUACCAUCACUACAGUUCAUUUUGUCAAUACAUGCUUUCUGGAUAACAUGAAUACAGUUCAUUUUGUCAUUGGUAUGCUUUCUGAAUAAUCUAGCUGGAUUGGUUGAAUAUGUUUUUUCUCUUCUGUGUAGUUAAUUAAUGCUGUGGAAAAAGAUGAAAUUAGCCUAAAAAUGGUUCCCAAAAGAACUUAGGCCUAGUCUGCCUUCAUGUUAACGUUGUCAAGUUCUUGGAGCAA